GUGCGCGCGUGUCGUGUACUCGUGUGUGGCCGAACUCGCAGCGCUGGUGGGUAGACUGCAGGACCAUCCGAAGCCAUCCAUGGCCCCCUUGUCGGUGUCGGCCACCCUCCUCCCGCCGUCGCCGCCGCCAGCGGCGAUUGCCAGGAGCUCGGCACGGCGCGGGCCAGCUAACGCCGCGUCCGUGGCUGCCGCAGCCGGCUCGACCGCGUUGCUGGCGGUGACGCCGGCCGCGCACGCCGUGGCGUUAUCCAAGGAGGAAGUCGCCGGGUCGCUUACCAAGGUGGUGGACACGGUGGACCAGGUCAUCGGCGUCGGCGUCAAGGUCGCCGAGCAGUCCGCGGGCGUGCUCAAGGCGCUGGGCGAGGCCGUCAAGCCGGCGCUCCCUGUGCUAAAGAGCGCCAGCGAGGUGGCCCUCAAGCUCGCCGCACCCGUAGUGUCCGGCGCCUCCAAGCAAGCCACGGAAGCGCUCCAUGGCGCCGGCGUCGACCCUGCUCCCGUUCUGUCCGCCGCAAAGACCGCAGCGGAGCAGGGCACGAAGGUCAUCGACGCCGCGAAGCCCGUCGCCUCGGCGACCGUGGAGACUAUCACGUCGUUGGCCCCGGGGGACUACGUCGUGGCCGCCGGAGCGGCGUUCCUCGCGUACCUCCUCCUGCCGCCUGUCUGGUCACUGGUCUCUUUCAGCCUGCGCGGUUAUAGAGGUGACCUGACCCCGGCGCAAGCUCUCGACAUGGUCACCACGCAAGGCUACGUCCUGAUCGAUGUAAGAAGCGACAAGGACAAGGCCAAAGCCGGCGAGCCGCAGCUGCCCUCGAACGCGAAGAACAAGCUCAUCUCUGUGCCACUGGAAGAGCUUCCAAGCAAGCUGAAGGGCAUGGUGCGCAACGCGAAGAAAGCUGAGGCUGAGAUCACCGCUCUGAAGAUCUCCUACCUCAAGAGGAUCGGCAAGGGCUCCAACGUCGUCGUCAUGGACUCGUACAACGACAACUCGAGGAUUGUAGCCAAGACGCUGAACAGCGUGGGGUUCGAGAACUGCUGGGUAAUGGCAGGCGGCUUCUCCGGCCGGAAAGGGUGGGCGCAGAGCCGACUCGGGACGGAUUCCUUCAACCUCUCCGUCGUCGAAGUCGUGAAGCCGUCGAGGGUGAUCCCUGCAGCUGCUGGUCGGAUUGGGACGACCACGUCGGCGUCCCGGGCGCCUUCUCGCAAGCUUCUCCCUGGCAGCGUCGACGGAUGAAAGAAGCUCGAAGCGCUGUAGUGUAAAUCCAAUGUUUGUUUCAUUUCAAGCUACAGUUUUUUUUAAACUUUCCAGUUAGGGAGAUUUAGUAUUUAGAAUUACAGAAAGCAUGUAAUUUAUCAUAAACAAAUUGUUGAAUAUAAAAUUUCAUGUCACUCAACAAACUCUAUGCAUAAU